AUGUCAAGCGACAUCUCCGAGAUUCCUCCAGCUGGAGGCACGAGUCUUACCCCAGCACCCGCGCCAGGACCGGCCUCCCUCCCCCAGAAGCGCGCCCUUGACGACGACCACGUACCUGCUGUGUCCUCACCUCUGAACCCGGACUUCACCCCAAGAAAGUCGCAGGUACCAGAGGAGACACCCAUUGUAUCACGGGAGAAGCGUACCAAGAAGGAGUCGCUCAAGAAGCGAGAAUCGAAGGCUGCCAGUACUCCUGGUGGUGCCGAUAGCUCUAGAGCAACUCCAGACCCGCGACAGACCAAGAAGGCUCGAGCCAAUCUCCCAGCCGCGGAGAUAUCGCCAGCACGCUAUAUACUUCCUCUGCCCAAAUCAACCGACUUUGAACCAGCUCGUGGCCCGCAACUUGCGUUCCAUCACGAGGUGGCCAGCCCCGGGGGCGAGAACAUCGAGUUCUUCGAGACACAAGAGCACGUAUACAACAAGAAGCAGUACUACUAUACCCAUUGUAUCGCAGAUCCCAAGUUACCCUCAUCCUUCUACUACAGACAGACGGAGCCAGAGCCUUUCGGUGCCCAUAUGAGCUUCGAGGAUGCCGCGACGCAUCUGCUGUUCGAUAAAUCCGGCAGGCAUAUUACAACUGACAAAGGAUGGAGAAUGUCGCGAGCGAACAUUGCCAUCAGGGAGGGCCGCUGGUACUGGGAGUGUAAGAUCACAAGGGGCAUAUUAAGGGAACCACCUCCACCGGGCUCCGACCAACCAGAGUCGCAUGGCCAUGUCCGCGUGGGAUUCGCACGGCGGGAAGCCGCGGUGGAUGCACCAGCGGGUUUCGAUGCCUACAGCUACGGAAUUCGAGAUAAAGAGGGGCAGAAGGUGCACAUGUCCAGGCCGAAGGACUUUUUCCCACCCGGCGAGGAGCUCCGGGAGGGCGAUGUGCUAGGGCUCGAGAUCAAUCUGCCCUCUGAACAGUUACACCGGAAGGUUGUGACGGGUCAUUUCAACCCAGCCGUUGACCUGUUGGCAGAGACAGACCACUCAACAACUGAAGCACCAAACAUUGUCCGGGACCGACUACCGAUCCGAUUCAAAGCACACAUCUACUUUGAGACACCCGACUACCACACCUCACCCGAGCUUGAGGAUUUGAUGAACCCGUCUCCGAUGUCCACAUCUGGAACGGGCGCAGGCCAGUCAGAAGGUCCUAACCCAACGCACCCGGUCCCUUGCCUGCGAACGCUGCCGAACUCUUGGGUCAAGGCGUACAAGAACGGUGUUGAGAUGGGCACUGCAUUCACCAAUCUCCUAUCCUUCUUACCGCAAGCCUCCAAGCCAGCCACGGCUAAGCAGCCUGACGCGCGAGAAGGCCUGGAUGAUGGCAUGCUCGGUUACUAUCCCGCUGUGAGUGUUUUCCGCGGCGGAGCAGCAGUGGUGAAUUUCGGUCCAGACUUCUGGUAUCCACCACCGGGCUACAGCCAGGGUCAGGAGAAGGAGACCGACGUUGUCAUGACCGGCACAGACGAGCAGCCGACCAUCACAGCUAAGCAGGAAGCUCCUCGGGCGAUGGCGGAGCGCUAUGACGAGCAGAUUGUUGAGGACAUUGUGUACGAUAUUGUAGACGAGGUCGAUUUUUGGAUGCAAGACGGCGCAAAGGUCAUUGACCGGACACGGCGUAACGAGGCGGUCAAGGAAUUCAAAGAGGUCGUUCAGGACGUGUAG